AUGAAACUUUUCGAUGACUUUUGCAAGAGCCUCAACGAGGAACUGCAGCGGGAGAAUUUCGGCUUCGCAUACAAAGGCGUAGAUUUGUUCUACCGAUCGCAGUGGCAAAAGGGUGUCACCAACGCCCUCUACCUUCUGUAUCGAUGGAUAUGGGCCCUGUUCUUCCUGGGCGUCCAUAUCAUGUGUAUUAUUAUGCAGUUCUGCGGUGGGAAGUUCUUCAUUUACAUGACCAACUGGGGAUAUGGUCUGUGCACCAUCACCAUGCUCCUUGCCGCAGUGCAGGUCACCUGUUGGCACUACGAUCUGAGGAAUACCCGGAGUCUAGUGCAGGAGUCAGGCAACAAAACGGAGACCACGAGGGGACUGAAAAUCUACUGGUGGCUGUACAAUAUGACCAUAACGAUGGCAUUGAGCAUCUCCACAGUGUACUGGGUCUUCCUGCAUGGCAAGAUGAAUAAACCCUUGCGUUUUCCGGUUACUAACGUUAUUACCCAUGGACUGAACACGGUGAUGAUGCUGAUCGACUACCUGGUCGUGGCAUUUCCACUGAGGCUCCUUCAUGUGGUCUACAGCAUAGCUUUGGCAAUUCUGUUCUUUGUCUUCACCCUCAUCUAUCAUUUCUGUGGGGGCACAGAUGAACAUGGCAAUCCCUAUGUGUAUCCCAUAUUGGAUUGGAGAAAUCCCACUAGCUGUCUGGUGACAUUUGCGGGCAUCUUUGUGCUUAUCGUAUGCUACUGGUUCCUGCUCUUCGGCCUCUAUAAGCUGAAGAGAAUGUUCAAUAAAGCCUCCAGUUCGGUGUAG